AUGGAGAUUGAGUGGACAAACCCGGCAACUCCACCAGACUUUGUUGCCGAAAUACAGAAAGCCCUUGAUGAAGGAAGGCUAGUGGUAGGGAGACCAGCAACUCCGGCACCAAAUCCAGGCUCCAGGUCCUCGUCCAGGGAAGCCACCAGGACAAUGCAGCGGAAGACCAGUCCCUUCGCAGCAUUUCCGGUCAGAUCCACUAGGAGAGUUGUUCCUAUUGUGCAGCCAGCGGUGGAGCAUCUCCCCUGCCUCCCAGCCACUUUGCAGGAGUAA